AAAGCUUGCUGCCCUUCAACAUGGGGCCAACAAGUGUGGUGAUUUCUGGCCCAAGAACCAAAUUCUGUUGGUGAAGAAUACGCCGCUCCUAACGAUGGAGGGCCCAUACCGCGUUUAUCUCUUUGGAGAUCAGACCAGCGACUUCGAAGCAGGUCUGCGUCGUCUUAUCCAAGCCAAAAACAAUAUCAUCGUUCAGUCUUUCUUCCAACAAACCUUUUACGCGCUACGUCAGGAGAUCUCGAAGCUGCCACCCGCCCAACGCAAAUUAUUUCCCCGAUGCACAAGCCUCAUAGAUCUGCUCGCCAGAUACCGUGAAUCAGGACCGAGCCCCGUUCUCGAGAGCGCCUUCACAUGUAUUUAUCAGCUGGGGUCUUUUAUCAACUACUAUGGAGACUUGGGAAAUGCAUACCCGUCAGAGGACUGCCAGCUGGUCGGAUUGUGUACAGGGCUUCUCAGCUGUGCAGCUGUGAGUGCAUCGAAAAACGUCGGAGAGCUCCUGCCCGCUGCAGUCGAAGCAGUUGUAGUUGCCCUGCGGCUCGGAUUAUGUGUCUUGCGUGUUCGAGAGCUUGUCGACUCUGAAGCAACUUCCUCGUCAUGGUCCGUUUUGGUCUCGGGACUGAGUGAGGAAAACGCAUCUACUUUAAUCGAAGAGCAUAGCAUCAAAACGGCGAUCCCUCCGUCGUCAAGGCCUUACAUCAGCGCAGUAAGCUCCAAUGGAGUCACAAUCAGCGCGCCACCACUUGUCCUUGACGCAUUCAUCGAGAACGGUCUUGCAGGAAACUACAAGCACACGAGAGUGCUGAUCCACGGGCCUUACCAUGCUCCGCAUUUAUACGACAGCAGAGACGUGGAUCGGAUUCUAGAAUCAUUCCCUGAGGAACGUCUCGGACAUUAUACCACACACACUCCUGUGUUGUCCAGCAACACUGGGACACCUGUCGAGGCCAGCAAGAUAAAGGAGGUUCUGCAGGUUGCGAUUGAAGAAAUCCUUUUGCGUCGACUCUGCUGGGAUAAGGUCACUGAGUCAUGCAUCUCGAUCGUUGAAUCAGCAAACAGGCAGUCAUGCCAGCUUAUCCCUAUCUCUACUAGUGCCACCCAAAGCCUUCAUACUGCUUUCAAGAAGGCCGGAGUCGUCAAUAUCUCGCUCGAAACCGGAAUCGGUGAUGUAUCAACAUCCGCAGACAAGCCAAAUUUGAGCGGAAAGACCGAAUGUUCCAAAAUAGCCAUCAUUGGUAUGUCGGGUCGGUUUCCCGACUCCGAAAGUCCGGAGGCGUUCUGGGAAAUUCUGCAGAAGGGCCUUGAUGUACACCGGAAGGUUCCUGCUGAUCGUUGGGAUGUUGAUGCGCAUUAUGACGAGACUGGCGCCAGACGAAACACGAGCAAAGUGCAGUACGGUUGCUGGAUCAAAGAACCUGGACUAUUUGACCCACGGUUCUUCAACAUGUCGCCAAGAGAAGCCCUCCAGGCUGACCCUGCUCAGCGCCUUGCUCUACUGACAGCCUACGAAGCUCUUGAGAUGGCUGGUUUUAUUCCCGAUAGUUCUCCAUCAACCCAGAGAGACCGUGUCGGAAUCUUCUACGGAAUGACUAGUGAUGACUAUCGUGAGAUCAACAGUGGUCAAGAUAUUGAUACCUACUUCAUCCCGGGUGGCAAUCGUGCCUUCACCCCUGGCCGGAUCAACUAUUUCUUCAAAUUCAGUGGUCCUAGUGUCAGCAUCGAUACAGCGUGCUCAUCCAGUCUUGCAGCUAUUCAUAUGGCUUGCAAUUCUAUCUGGAGGAACGAUUGUGACGCCGCCAUUGCGGGUGGUGUCAAUAUCUUGACCAACCCGGACAAUCACGCUGGUCUGGAUCGUGGGCAUUUCCUGUCCACUAGGGGUAACUGCAACACAUUUGACGACGGCGCCGAUGGGUAUUGCAGAGCCGAUGGUGUUGGUACCAUUGUGCUGAAACGACUUGAGGAUGCAGUAGCAGAUAACGACCCAAUCAUCGGCAUCAUUAACGGGGCAUACACCAACCACUCUGCCGAGUCAGUCUCGAUCACCCGCCCCCACGUGGGAGCACAAGCAUUCAUCUUCAACAAACUGCUUAACGAAGCGAAUGUCGACCCGAAGGAUGUUAGCUACAUUGAAAUGCACGGUACAGGCACACAGGCAGGAGAUGCGGUUGAGAUGCAGUCUGUUCUCGAUGUCUUUGCUCCUGACUAUCGCCGGGGCCCCACUCAAUCCCUUCACCUGGGCUCUGCAAAAUCCAAUAUUGGACAUGGAGAGUCCGCUUCCGGGGUAACAGCACUUGUCAAGGUGCUCAUGAUGAUGAGAGAAAACCAGAUCCCACCCCACUGCGGUAUCAAGAACAAGAUCAACCACAACUUCCCCACUGAUUUUGCGAAGCGUAAUGUUCAUAUUGCAUUCCAGCCCACUCCCUGGAACCGGCCAGCUUCUGGAAAGCGCCGCGCUUUUGUUAAUAAUUUCUCUGCCGCUGGUGGAAACACCGCCCUCCUGAUCGAAGAUGGGCCUCUCCCUGAGACGACUAGUCAGGACUCUCGAUCAUUUCAUGUUGUUGCAGUCUCGGCUCGGUCCCAGAGUGCUUUGAAGAACAACGUCAACUCUCUAAUCAAGUACCUGGACUCUUAUGCCAACUCAUUCGGAGUUAAAGAGUCUGAGUUCGUUCCCAACGUGGCUUACACCACCACUGCUCGCAGGAUUCACCAUCCCUUCAGAAUCACCGCUGUUGGCUCGACAUUGCAGAGUCUGCGUGACUCUUUGCAUGCUGCCGCUCAGCGCGACACAUUUACAGCUGUCCCAGCCAAGACUCCGGGCAUUGGCUUUGUCUUCACCGGUCAAGGAGCUCAAUACACCGGAAUGGGCAAAGAGCUAUACAAUACUUGCUCUCCAUUCCGGGACACAAUUGAGCAUUUUGAUUGCAUUGCACAGAGUCAAGGCUUGCCCUCGAUUCUAUCUCUUGUCGAUGGUACUACUCCUGUCGAAGAAUUGAGCCCAGUGGUUGUGCAGGUUGGUACAUGCUGCGUCCAGAUGGCCCUGGUCAGCUACUGGAGUUCUUUGGGCGUCAGACCGGCUUUCGUUCUUGGCCACAGUCUUGGAGACUAUGCUGCCCUGAACGCUGCUGGCAUCCUGUCAACAAGUGACGCAAUCUACCUAUGUGGACGCCGCGCUCAAUUGCUGACCGAGAAAUGCGAGGUUGGAACCCACUCCAUGCUGGCAAUUAGGGCUUCACUUGCCGAGAUCAAGCACUUCCUCAAGGAUGAUGUUCACACGAUCGCCUGUGUCAAUGCUCCGGCCGAGACUGUCAUCAGUGGCCUUGCCUCGGACAUCGAGGGCUUGGCUCAGAAAUGCUCAACCGAGAACGUCAAGGCAACGAAGCUACGGGUCCCGUACGCGUUCCACUCCCCGCAGGUUGACCCUAUAUUGGACACAUUCGAGGCUAUUGCGCAGGGCGUCACAUUCCACAAACCGACAACUCCAUUCGUCUCGGCCCUGCUUGGCGAAGUCAUCACAGAGGCCAAUGCUCAUGUUCUCGGAGCUAAAUACCUCAAGGACCAUUGUCGGGGCACAGUCAACUUUCUUGGCGCUCUCGAAGCCAUUAGGCACGCGAAAUUGGCCGAUGACAAGACGCUGUGGGUUGAACUCGGUUCUCACACCAUUUGCUCGGGAAUGAUCAAGGCAACACUGGGCCCCCAAGUGACCACCAUUGCCUCUCUUCGACGAGAGGAGGACACAUGGAAGGUUCUUUCAAACAGCAUGUCAUCACUGCACUUGGCGGGUAUUGAUCUAAACUGGAAGCAGUACCACCAGGACUUCAGCUCCUCCCAUAAAGUACUGCGUCUCCCUGCCUACAACUGGGACCUUAAGAAUUAUUGGAUCCCGUACACCAAUAACUUCUGUCUGUCUAAGGGAGCGCCUGUGGCAGCCAUCGAGGCCGUGCCAAAGUACGAGUAUCUCACCAGUGCAGCUCAAAAGGUCGUUGAAACUACAGAUGAGGGGGACACAUCCACUGUGGUUGUUGAAAAUGACCUUGACCAUCCGGAGCUCCGACGCGUUAUUCAAGGACACAAAGUGAACGGUGCCAAUCUCUGCCCAUCGUCUCUCUAUGCCGACAUUGCUCAAACGCUUGCAGAGUACUUGAUCAACAAGUAUAAGCCGGAGUUCAAGGACGUGGGGCUUGAUGUGGCCGACGUGUCUGUUCCCAAGACACUUAUAGCGAAAGGUGGCCAGCAGCUUUUCAGAAUUUCUGCAACUGCUACCUGGGCACAGCAACGUGUGGCAAUCCAGAUUUACUCGGUCACCCCUGAAGGAAAGAAGACUGCUGAACAUGCAACAUGCACAGUGAAGUUUUUUGAUUGCGCUGCUACAGAGAAAGAGUGGAAGCGCAUGUCCUACCUUAUCAAGAGGAGCAUUGAUCGCCUGCAAGAAAUCGCAGAGAACGGAGAAGCGCAUAGGCUCCAGAGGGGCAUGGUGUACAAGCUCUUCGCUACUUUGGUUGACUACGACGACAACUUCAAAUCGAUCCGCGAAGUCAUUCUCGAUAGCGACAAUCACGAAGCCACUGCAAGAGUCAAGUUUGAAGCUCCGGCGGGAGACUUCCACAGAAAUCCGUUCUGGAUCGACAGUUUUGGGCACUUGUCGGGUUUUAUAAUGAACGCCAGUGACGGCACAGACUCCAAGUCGCAAGUUUUUGUGAACCAUGGCUGGGACUCGAUGCGCUGUCUGAAGAAGUUCUCCAAAGACGCCACGUACAGGACCUACGUCAGAAUGCAGCCCUGGCAGAACUCUAUAUGGGCUGGUGAUGUCUACGUCUUCGAGGGCGACGAAAUCAUCGCUGUUUAUGGAUCUGUUCAAUUCCAAGCCUUGCCUCGUAAGAUUCUCGACACUGUGCUUCCGCCCGCCGGAGCUGCGAAGGCCUCCGCCCCCGUUCGUCCUACUGCAAGUGUGAUUCAGAAGCCCGUGCCUGCUGCAGGUAGCAAGACCCGUGCUAAAGCUCCGACACCCACGAAAUCACUCCUGAAGUCAAGUGGACCCAGUGUUAUCGUACGGGCACUCAGCAUACUUGCAGCUGAAGUAGGCCUGUCCGAGUCGGAGAUCUCGGACGAUUUGGUCUUCGCCGAUUAUGGAGUGGACUCUUUGCUAUCUCUGAACAUCACCGGACGGUACCGUGAAGAGCUGAACAUUGAUCUGGACUCAUCGGUCUUCAUCGACCAGCCGACCGUCAAGGACUUCAAGCGAUUGAUAGCUCAGAUCAGCCCUUCGGAAAGCAGCGACGGGUCAACCAGUGAUCCAGAGUCGAGCUUCUCCUUCAACGAUGGUUCGGACGAGUCGGGUCUUAGCUCCCCGGUAGUUGCCUCUCCUCCAAACGAGAAGGAGAUGGUGAUCGAAGUCGACCAGCAUGCUACAAUGAAGGAGAUCCGUGCGAUCAUCGCGGAUGAAAUCGGUGUGACUGCGGAUGAGCUCAAGGCAGACGAGAAUUUGGGUGAGAUGGGAAUGGAUUCUCUUCUCUCCCUCAAUGUCCUGGGUAGGAUCCGUGAAACACUGGACAUGGAUCUCCCAGGCGAGUUCUUUAUCGAGCAUCAAACCCUCGAGGAGGUCGAGACUGCUCUCGACCUGAAGCCCAAGGCCGCACCGAUCCCGGAGCCUAUAAGACUUCCGGAGGUUUUGCCGACGAUGAAGUCGAACAUCAGUGUACGUGCUGCUCAACACCCCCCGGCAACCUCGAUUGUCCUGCAGGGAAAUCCCAAGACUGCUACGCAGUCACUGUUCCUAUUCCCUGAUGGCUCCGGCUCGGCCACAUCUUACGCAACGAUUCCGCGGGUUGGUCCCGACGUCUGUGUCUACGGGCUCAACUGCCCCUACAUGAAGACGCCAGAGAACUUGAAGUUCCCUCUUCAAGAGCUUACAUUCCCUUAUCUUGCCGAAGUCCGGCGCAGACAGCCCAAGGGCCCUUACAACUUUGGCGGUUGGUCGGCUGGCGGUAUUUGCGCCUACGAUGCUGCUCGCUACCUGAUUCUCGAAGAAGGCGAACGAGUUGACCGUCUCCUCCUUCUCGAUUCCCCCUUCCCCAUUGGACUGGAGAAGCUUCCGCCACGGCUGUAUCGGUUCUUUGAUUCGAUCGGAUUCUUUGGCGAAGGCAGAUCCGCGCCUCCGGCCUGGCUCCUCCCUCACUUCUUGGCGUUCAUCGAUUCCCUGGAUGCGUAUCGCGCGGCACCGCUCCCCUUCGAUGAUCCUAAAUGGGCCAGCAAGAUGCCCAAGGUCUUCCUUAUCUGGGCUAAGGAUGGCGUCUGUAACAAACCCAAUGAUCCACGUCCGGAGCCCGCUGCCGACGGCAGUCCUGAUCCGCGGGAGAUGAUUUGGCUCUUGAACAACCGUACCGACCUCGGCCCCAACAAGUGGGACACGCUCGUGGGGCCGAACAACGUCGGCGGCAUCACGAUCAUGGAAGAAGCGAAUCACUUCACCAUGACCCUGGGCACGAAGGCCAAGGAGCUAUCCAACUUCAUUGGCGAAGCUUUGGCGAACUAGAAUGACUGGAUGCUUGCAUUGUUUUGCAAAUAAUAAAUACCUCUUGCUGUUUGUUACCCUAGAU